AAAAACCCUAGCUUUGGCUGUUGAAUCUAUAUUCACUGAAGAGAGAAAGCUUGAAGACGGCGAUAGAGCUUCAUCUUUUCUCAGACACCCUCUUCUCUUCAAAUCAAAAUGUCUCUGGUUGCAAAUGAGGAGUUCCAGCACAUUCUGCGUGUGCUCAACACUAACGUUGAUGGAAAGCAGAAGAUUAUGUUUGCACUUACCUCUAUCAAGGGUAUUGGAAGGAGAUUGGCCAACAUUGUCUGCAAGAAAGCCGAUGUCGACAUGAACAAGAGGGCUGGUGAGUUAUCUGCAGCUGAGAUUGACAACCUCAUGAACAUUGUUGCAAACCCAAGACAGUUCAAGAUUCCAGACUGGUUCUUGAACAGACAGAAAGACUACAAGGAUGGUAAGUACUCUCAAGUUGUCUCCAAUGCCCUUGACAUGAAGCUCAGGGAUGAUCUUGAACGUCUCAAGAAAAUCAGAAACCACCGUGGUCUGAGACAUUACUGGGGUCUCCGUGUCCGUGGACAACACACCAAGACAACUGGUCGCAGAGGAAAGACUGUUGGUGUGUCGAAGAAGCGUUAAGCCAAUGUUGCUAGUUGCAGCUGGAUUGGAUCUUUGAUAAAGACCGAUUUUUAAGUUUUGUUAUUCGUACGAUUUUGCACGACUCAGUUUUGCGUCUUUUAUAAGAGAUCUUCACUACUAUUUUAUUACCAUUUUGUUCCUGGAUCUUUAUGUCACUUUUCUAGUUACAUGAUGUUGGCAUAUUUAAAUG